ACCAUCGUGACUAUAAAACUUCAAACACCGCCUCUGACUUCCGGCCAGAUUUCUGAUACCACCCCCUAUACCCACCCACUUCAACAGUGAGAUCCUGCAGAUUCAACAUGGGCCGUCUUGAAGGAAAGAACGCUAUCGUCACCGGCGCCGCUGGCGGCAUCGGACUUGAGACGUCGAUUCUCUUUGCACGUGAGGGCGCCAACGUCCUCCUCUCGGACAUUUCCGGCCCAGCUCUGGAGAAGGCAGUAGCCAAGCUCCUCGAAGUCGUGCCCGGCGCGAAAGCGCUCAAGAUCGAGACCAAGAUCUGCGAUGUUUCCAAGGAAUCCGAUGUGGAAGCCAUAGUCGCCCACGUCGACUCCUGGGGCGGUCUGGACAUCAUCUUCAACAACGCCGGCAUAAUGCACGCCGACGACGACGAUGCUGUCAACACCCCGGAGAAAAUCUGGGACCUGACACAGGCCAUUAACGUCAAGGGUGUGUGGUUCGGCAGCAAGCACGCAGUCUUGAGCUUCCGCAAGCACGGAAAGACAAAGGCCAGCGUCAUCAACACUGCCAGUGUGGUCGGUCUUGUCGGCUCUGCGACACCUCAGUUGGCCUACACAGCUAGCAAGGGUGCCGUUCUGGCGCUGACGCGCGAGCUGGCUAUGGUGCACGCCAGGGAGGGCUACAGGUUCAACUCGCUCUGCCCUGCGCCGUUGAACACCCCCCUGCUCCAGGACUGGCUCGGUGACGACGCUGAGAAGCGCCACCGCCGCGAGGUCCACUUCCCCUCUGGCCGCUUCGGCGAGGCCAUUGAGCAGGCCCAGGCCGUUCUGUUCCUGGCCAGCGACGAGUCCAGCUUCGUCAACGGCACAGACUUUGUGGUCGACGGCGGAAUGACCAAGUGCUACACAACACCAACCGGACCCCCCACCGAGGCCCCCAAGAACAACGCCCGAUAGAGAAUCCCGGACCUUUGCGUGAGAUAUCGGAGCAUGGAGUUCAGUGUAUUGGGUCCCGGAAGGCUACUUCGUUCACUUCGAUGAUAAUGACUAGAACAUAGAAUACAAUCUUCAACUUACGAUUGUCAUGUACCGGUGAUAUCCUGCAAAUGAUUGGAGAUGAUCGUGGAGGAUUCGGAGUCGAUUUACAGUGAUGGUCAAGAUCACUGGGAAGACGGCCAUCUAUACGAUCUCGGCAAGUUACACGUGUCUAUCAUAUUUCCAGUAAUGUCAGACAGACCUACCCUCUCCUUGAAGCCUCAAGCACUGUACAGCUUGAGCGAGACCAACUACGUUGAAGCAAGAUAGGGCUCCAGUGCUGCCUAAUAUCACGAGGCAACCAGACUCAGUUGGGCUUGCGAAGCCACGCGUACUUGCGUGGCCUU